CCCCCAGAACUGAGCCUCUACUUUGGUCAAUCCUCUUUGCCGUUAGCUUCCAUCAAUCCGGUCUAACCCCCAGACCUGAGUCUCUACUUUAAUGCAUUCUCUUUGGUGUUAACCUCCCCCCCCCCCAGUGUAACACCAAAAACCAAUUUGAAAUUAAGAACAAUAAACAACAAACCACCGUCCACAUCUGCGUGCAAAACUCAUUCUGCCAGGAUUCCCUGACUACGCAUCCUCUAAAAAAAUGUUUUCUUGCCGAAAAAAAUCGAACUAGCACUACAAUGCCAAUGUUUCAUCAAUAACAUUGAUCAACGACCUGGAAAAACCUUGGAAAAAUGAGUGAAUUUCGUCUGCACGCUUUAAUAACGGAGCUUACAGCCCUUCUGGGUUCCUCCAGCCCCCCGGAGACAUUUGUCAACGACGUGGAGCAGGGAGUAGCUGUACCAGAGAACUUUCCCACGAAAUUCAUCCUGCGAUACUUGGAGAAACAUGUCGAGAACCCCCAACAAUUUCUGAAGAAGUUCGAGGAACUCAGAGAGAAAAAAGUUGACAGAUUGGGGUCAUUUAUGCAGGUUAUAUACCUCAUAUCAUCGGACAAGCACCUGAAAGUAUACUUGAACAAGCACUGCAGGCCAGUGGAGCAGAGUAGGCUCAGCACUUGUGACAAAAUAACAGCAAAAGACCUCCCUCAGAUCCAGAAAAACGUAAUGAAAGCAGCUGUCGAGGGUGAGAGAAAACUCAUCAAACAGGUGAACGCACUGAGCAAGAAAGGAGGAGAUUGCGAUCAAGUGAGAUACAACUGGGUGACGGAGAGGCCGAGAAUAUCCUGGGAUUUUCAUCCAGAGUCCCUGAAUCCCUACCAGAAGGUCGUCCCUGCUGUCUCCCAAGAAGCGAUUUUACUCUGGGACCUUUUGCACUGCCUCAAGGGGAUGAAUGGGUCCUACAUUGUGUCUGAACCUCUCACUGGACCCUAUGAGGUCAAAGGCUUUGUCAUUUCGUUGGAUGUUGGAACUUCUUAUAAACAAUUGGCUCAGCAGAUACUUCCUCUUGCCAGCUAUUACUCCAUGACCGUCAGAUUUGUAGAGGAAAAAAUUCAUGCUGAUGAUGGGCAAGUGAAUCACGCCCUUCGUGGUGCUCUUAGUUGUUUACUCAAGGAUUAUCUAUUAUUCAUCGUGCAAUUGGAGAUGGAGCAUCGACGUGGCAAGCUGAACCUCCAGAAGCUCUGGUUCUACAUUCAACCCACAAUGUCAACUAUGUCUAUCCUCUCCCAAAUCACCUGCACCAUUUGCAAGGCCAGAGCACGAGGUGGAAAGGUCCUCUCACUUCUGUACGAACAAAUCAGCAACAUGAGCGGUGAGGCAAAGUCCAAGGAACUCUGUCUCUUCCUCAUUCAGUCAGCCAGUGUUCCCUACAUGCAGAUACUCGAGAAGUGGGUUUAUAAAGGAGUUAUUUGUGACCCCUAUCAGGAGUUCCUUGUUGAGGACAAUGAGGUCAUUCAGAGGGAGGAUUUGCCCAUGGACUACUCAGCGGAUUACUGGGAGAAACGCUACACUAUGAGACCAGAAAGGAUUCCAGUAUUUCUGAGUGAACAUGCUCAUACUAUUCUGAGGACAGGCAAAUACUUCAAUGUCAUCAGGCAGUGUGGGAAAACCGUGCAAUGGAGGAAACAGGAACCUCUCGUCUAUAGGUACAGAGAUCAAAAAUAUAUAUCAGCGAUAGAUGCAGCAUAUUCAGAGGCAGCGAGAACUCUCCUAGAAGUUCUAAUUCAUGAGAACGAUUUGAUGGGAAGACUGAAGAGUGUGAAAAACUAUUUUCUUCUCGCUCAAGGAGACUUCGUCGUUCAAUUCUUGAACCUCUGCGAAGCAGAGUUAAAUAAAAACAUGUAUGAUAUCGUUAUUCACAGACUUGCAUCCCUCCUGGAAGUAGCCCUGAGAACGUCUACAGCUGAUUCAGAUCCCUACAAGGACGACCUCAAACCUGAGCUUCUACCGUUCGACCUUGAAUAUCAAAUGUUCAGGAUUCUGUCGAUCCAAACCAGUGAUGAGAGGGAAUACUGCGCCCAGACUGGGAAAACUCUCACUGGAAUGGAGGCUUUCUCGUUCAAUUAUGACGUCAAGUGGCCGGUGUCACUGAUCAUCAACAAGAGGGCAAUUGCAUGUUAUCAGAUGCUCUUCAGGCAUCUCUUUUAUUGUAAACAUAUCGAGAGACUUCUCUGCAGAGUCUGGCUGAGCAAUAAAAUCGCCAAGACUUUUACCCACGAUGUCGCUAUGUCGUACAGACAGGCUUUCUCAUUGAGACAGAGAAUGCUGGACUGUGUUCAACAUCUGGAGUAUUAUAUGAUGGUAGAGGUUAUUGAACCUAAUUGGUUGACUUUUAUUAAUAAAAUGAGCAAGGUGACCAACGUCGAUGAUGUUCUCAGUGUUCACCAGGACCUUCAAGACAGCUACUUGAAAGAGUGCAUGUUAACGGAUCCUGAACUGUUAUCCUGCAUCACUGGAAUUUGUGGAGCUUGCAUGCAAUUCUGCGACUUCAUGCAGCGUAUGAGCCGAUAUUACAUUGACGCAGAACUGACGUCCAUGAUCGAUGAACACCACGAAGAACACUAUGAACACGAGGAACACAAGACGAAGUCCAGUAAUACCAGUGGUAGCUUUGAGGAGACGAUUGAAUCAUUGGAUGCCAAAUUCACAGAAGUAUUAACUCGUUUAUUGAACCGAAUUUGUGAUUUAGGCUGUGACAACAACAAUGAGAAGCUAUUGAAUGUACUAUGCAGAUUGGACUUCAAUUUGUUCUACACUGAUAUUUUGGUAAGACGGAAUGCAGAGAAGACGACCCAUCGGCAGGAUGUGACGGGCUGAUGAACGAUAGACAUGAAAAGUAAAAAAUGGAAGAAGUAAAAGUGUUAAAAAAAUGGGAAAAUGUAAUUUAAAUUGCGAUCAGGUUAUCACUCGUUAACAAGUACAAAUCAACGCAAUUGCGGCAAUUUUUUUCAAUCGAGAUUGAUUUGUCCCAUUUAAUCAACAGAUUAUGAUCGUACUUUUCACGCCAUAUCAGUGCCCUCUCAAAGUUGAAAUCGGGUACGAUAACAAUGAGAUUAUUCCUUUUAUAAUAAAAUUCUGAAUAAACGAGAGUAUUAAAUACAUUGAAUAAAAAUAUGAAAACAUGAAUAAUUGAA